UGGAUUGAACUUCGCCAUACUGAUUGGAUGAGAAAUAACAGGCACUCUCUUCAGUGCCGAGGUGCUGCAGUCGAACAUGGCAUUUAUAUUUCAGUGACGGAUGUGGUUUCUACAGCAGCUUCCUGACAUGCUUUGAGGGUGUUUUGGGUGAUUAGUUAGGGAGCCAGACGCAAUGGCGUCGCUCCUGAUGCGUUUAUUUCGUAUGGGUGCAGAAAAGAAGAAGGUUCAGCAUUAUGAGCACCUGCGCAGGGAUGCGGACCCUCGUCAGACUUGGGACACACUCGGAGAGCUUGGCGAUGGAGCGUUUGGGAAAGUCUACAAGGUUCAAAACAACGACAAUGAUGUGUUAGCAGCAGCUAAAGUUAUAGAUGUUCACAGUGAGGAUCAACUGCAAGAUUACAUCACUGAAAUCAACAUCCUGGCAACCUGUCGUCAUGGCAACAUCAUCUCUUUGCUGGAGGCCAUCUACUUUGAAGGAUGGUUAUGGGUCAUCAUUGAAUUUUGUCCUGGUGGAGCGCUGGAUGACAUCAUGUUGGAGCUGGAGCAUGGCCUCUCCGAGCAGCAGAUCAGUGAGGUGUGUUUCCAGACAUUGCAGGCACUGUAUUACCUGCAUCAGCACCAUAUCAUCCACAGAGACCUGAAGGCCGGAAACAUUCUGCUUACCAUGGAAGGCCGUAUCAAACUUGCUGACUUUGGUGUGUCUGCAAAAAAUGACAACACCCUCCAGAGACGAUCGACUUUCAUCGGAACACCAUACUGGAUGGCACCAGAAGUGAUCAUGUGUGAGACAUCAAAGGAGAAUCCAUACUCGUGUAAAUCUGAUAUCUGGUCUCUGGGUAUCACACUGAUAGAGGCAGCUGAGAUGGAGCCUCCACACCACACUCUGAACCCCAUGAGAGUACUGCUGAAGAUCACCAAGUCUCCUCCUCCCACACUGACCAACACACGAAUAUGGUCAAACCAUUUUCAGGAUUUCCUGAAGAGGGCACUACAGAAAAACCCUGAGUCACGAUGGGGAGCACAGCAACUACUUACUCACCCAUUCUCAUACGCCGGGCGGAGCGGACAAACUCUCAAGGAGCUUAUUGCUGAGGCUAAAGCAGAGGUCACUGAGGUCAUAGAGGCAGAGUCUCUCUCAGAUCUUCAGUCCUCUGUGGACGAACCUGUAACCAUCACAGAGACACCGGUGAAAGAUGCAAAAGAUGAGCCAGACAUUCCUCUGUCGCCUACAUGUGAAGAACCUCCUGAAAUUCCUUCUAAUUCUGAGACAAACAAAGCCCCCAAAGUGACGCGUCGGGCAUCGGGUGUCAUAGAUAAGGCACAGAAAAGAGCCAGGCGUUUGUCAGUUCCGGGAAACCUCCUAUCUUUCCUGACUCGCCGUAAAUCUGGAUUCUGGAGUGAUGAUAUGAAAAACCUGGAGAAUCAGGCUCAACAGGACGUCAUUGACGGUCAUUGCGAAGGAGAAUCACAUACAAGUACACUAGAGACUGAGAAAGAAGGGAUGGAAAAGGUAGAGAAACCAAAGGAGCUGAAAGAUGGACCUGAUCAGAGCCCAGAUAACCUUGAUGGAGAAACAGAACAGAAACCAAUGCCUGAGAGUGACAAGGAGUGCAAGGACAUCGAGGCGAACAGUCAGAAAGAUGAAGAAAUGCAACAGGAGGUCAUUGUCAGCCAUUGCGAAGGAGAAUCACAGACAAGUACACUAGAGACUGAGAAAGAAGGGAUGGAAAAGGUAGAGAAACCUAAGGAGCUGAAAGAUGGACCUGAUCAGAGACCAGAUAACCUUGAUGGAGAAACAGAACAGAAACCAAUGCCACAGAGUGACAUGGAGUGCAAGGACAUCGAGGCGAACAGUCAGAAAGAUGAAGAAAUGCAACAGGAAGAGAAUUUAUCUGAACAGGAAUCACUACAGAAUACAGAGCUUAAGAUUAGUCCAAAUGCUGAUGAAUCUAAAGAUGAUCAAACUUUUUGGAGAUGUCUUAGUGAACCGGUAGAAAAAGACGAUAGACUUGGAGUAGCUGAUUUGCAAAAUGUUCUGAUUGGCAUGUUGAAUUUGGAAACCUCGCACUUACACCAGAAACGUGAAACCAAAGAACUAAGUUUUUACGAUUAUCUGGAUUUAGCUGGACAUGGGACAGCUUCUAAAGUCACGUCCACAGUAGAGUUAAUUGGAAAGCCAGUUGUGGAAGUGUGUGUUCUUGCUUCUGCGAAAAAGACAAGCGAGGAACAGACUGAGAGUGUAAUGCAGAAGGGUUUGAAAGAGGAUGGAGAAGGACAAGUUGAAGCUAAAGAGGAGGAGGAUAAGACAGUUGAAGAUGGAGGCAAACACAAAGAGGAUCUAUGUGUUAGGAAAGAAAUAACCGAAGAGACAGUGAAGGACCAACAUUUUGAAUGUGUUAGGAAAGAAAUAACCGAAGAGACAGUAAAGGACCAACAUUUUGACAAUGCUGAAACAACAGUGCAAAUAAAUGAUUCAACUGGUGAAGAAACAGCACAAGCCCCAAAUCAGCAAGAAUCAGAACUGAAAAAAGAAUCUGAGCAAAAUGAGCCACCUGAAGAAGAACUGAAGAAGGAGAAAGCACCAGCAGAGAACAAUUCCAGACAUGGAACAAACCCUGAUGAGAUCCAGAGUCCAGGAAGCAGAGAUGUGGAUGAGGAUGUAACAACUGACCAAUCAGAUGAACCCAGGAAUCUCACAGAGACUGAUUCACAGAACGAGUCGCUUGCAAAUGACACAGCAGCAACGUCACAGCCUCAUACUGACUGUCCAAUGUUUACAGAGACACCAACAGAUGAAGUGAGCUCAAAAAAGUCCAACGGUGUUUCUUUAGACAACAAGGUUAUCAAAAGUACCAAGCAGGUUAGCUUUGCGCACAAACAAGAGACACACAGCAUCCUGAAUGGCAACUCAAACACAGAAGCAGCUCACACCGAGUCAAAUGGUUUGCUACACCAUACCAAUAAUCAGCACAAUGAAGAGUCAGCGCUUUCACAAAAAACUGAAACGAAUUUACCUGUGGGCCGGAAAACAGUGAAGAAAACUCGGAAAUUUAUGGUAGACGGGCGGGAAGUGAGCAUCACAACAUCAAAAGUGCUUAGUGAGAGAAAUGAUAAAGAACAGCAGAUGCGCUCAAUCAGGCGGCAGGAGUUGCACGCUCUGAAGCUGCUGCAGCGAGAAGAACAGCGAGAGUUCACACAGCUGGAACAGAAACUGCAGCAACAAAGAGAGAUGAUGUUCCGGCAUAUUGAACAGGAAAUGAGUAGUAAGAAGCAGUACUACGAUAGUGAACUGCAGCGUCUGGAGAAACAGUAUGAACAACAGAGCCAAAAAAUGGAGACCGAGCACACGGCACGUCUCCAAGAUGAUGCACGACGUCUUAAAUCCCAGCAAGAGAAGGAGCUCCGAGCACUUAAAAUGGACCCUAAAGAGGAGCAGCGUUUUCAGCAAAAGCAGCAGCAGGAGCUAAAUGAAGUGCUACAGAAAGCUGUACAGGAGCACAAGAGGAAAGUGGCUUCCAUGGAGUGGGACAUCACUGUCAAAUCUCAGCAGCUCAAGAGAGCACGUGAGUCGGUGGUCUGGGAACUGGAACAGCGGCACCUGCAAGAGAAAUAUCAUUUAUUCAAGCAGCAGGUGAAGGAGCAGUAUUCUCUACAGAGACAGCAACUCAGCCGGAGACACAGCAAGGAUGUGGAGCGUGUGUCACGGUUCCAGCAGGGCCUAAUAGAUGAGCAGAAGUCUUCGCAGGCUCAGGAAAGAGCACAGUUUCAAAGGGCUCAACGGGCUGAACUCAAAGGUUGCAUAAACCGGAUUAGGCAAGAGCUGAGGAAGCAGGGGUUAAGCGGGACCGAACAGAGGCAAAAACUCACACAGUUCAUGUCAGAGGACGAGAACAGGCAGAAGCAGGAGUUCAAGUCUCUCCAGGAGAGUCAGGAGCUCCAGUUUAAGGAACUGCAAGAUCAGUGUGACUUCAACAUCACUGAGCUCCAUCAGCUACAGAAUGAGAAACUGCAGGUUCUGGUGGAGAUGGAGAAGAAGAAGAUCAAAAGGUUGGAAGAUGAACACACACUAGAACUGAACGAAUGGAGAGAUAAACUCGCCUGCAGGAAAGAGGCACUGGAAGAAGACCUGGCUCGUAAAAAAAGAGAGUAUGAAGGAACCAGAAGACGAAGUGAAGCAGAAAACCGAUAUGCACGGCGUUCCAGAUUCUUCCCAAACCUCAGUUUUCACUGACAAACUCAAACUAAACUUUCAAACUAAACUGUGUUUAUGUGACUGUAUGUAUUUUAAAUUGAUCCUGAUGUCCUGGAAUUGUGUCUUCUUCUGAUAUAAACACUGAGCCAGUAUGCCAGGGUAAGCGAACAACAUUUAAUACAUACAUACAUAUAUAUAUAUAUAUAUAUAUAUAUAUAUAUAUAUAUAUAUAUAUAUAUAUAUAUAUAUAUAUAUAUAUAUAUACAGUGUUGCUUAAAUGUUUAUGAGCCCCUUAGAAAUUCCUAGAUUUCUGCUUAAAUAUGACCCAAAACAUCAUUAAGUCCUAAAGGUAAACAAAGUGAACACAAUAAAAACAAUGAGUCAACAAUAUUAUACUUCUUCAUUUAAAUAUUGAGAGAUAUGAUCCAGAAUUACAUCUCUUUGACUUGUAAAAGACUGUGAACCUUUACUUUCAGAACAGAAGAGCUUCAACACUUGGAUUAAAUGGAUAUCCUUACAUGAACUGCAUGAUUCAGGUCCUUCCACAAUUUUCCUUUGGAUUAAAGUCAGGACAUUGACUUGGCCAUUCUAAAACAUCAUUCUUUGGUACACAGACUUGAGUGCUUGUGAUCGUUCUCUUGGUGUAUGACCCAUUUCUUCUUGAGAUUCAGUUUAUGGACAGAUGUCUUGCCAUUUUUAUUUAGAGUUCACUGAAUAAUUCUGAAUUCAUUGUUCCAUCAAUGAUGGCAAGCUUUCCUGGCACAGAUGCAGCAAUACAGGCCAUCAUUGUUCCAUCAAUGAUGGCAAGCUUUCCUGGCACAGAUGCAGCAAUACAGGCCCAAAGCAUGAUAUAACCACCAUGUUUUACGGAUGGUAUAAGGUUCUUAUGGUGGAAUUUAUUAUUUUCCUUUCUCCAAAAAUAAUGCUUCUCAUUUUAAAACAAAAAGGUUUUAUUUAGAUUAUUUUUCAAUUGUCUUCUGGCUUGUCCACAGGAUCUUUAACAAACUUCAUGGGCUGCAAUGUUGUUGUUGUUUUUUUUAGAGAGAAGUGGCUUUAUUCUUGCAACUCAGCCUUGCACACCAUCUUUAUUGUUCACCUUAUGGCUCAUGAGAAUUAACAUAAGUCAAAGUAAAAGAGACCUUUAGUUGCUUAGAAGUUCCUCUGUAUUCCUUUCUUACCCAACAGACUAUUACAUGUCUAUAUUUUGGAGUGAUCUUUCUUGGUUGACCACUUCUGGGAAUGUACCAAUGGUAAUGCAUUUCCUUCACUUUGGAUAUAUCUCUGUUCUUUCAAUAAAAUUGGACACUCAGGGAGACCUGAUAAUCUCAAUGACUGAAAACAGAUGGACUCUAAUUUGACCUUGAAAUUAAGUACUAAACCUAGAGAUUUACAUACUUUUGCCUCUCACAGAUAUAUAAUAUUGGAACAUUUUCCUGAAUAGAAAAAUAAGUUAGUAUUAUAUAAUAGUAUAAUAUAUUUGUCUGAUCUGUUUGAUUGGGCUCACUUGGUCUGCUUUUGGAACAUUUGUUUUGGGUCAUAUUUAUGCAGAAAUCUAGAAAUUUCUAAAGGGUUCACAAACUUUCAAGCGACACUGUGUUUUACAUUUAUAAUAAUUAUAUGUAUGUAUAUAUUUACUGUAAACAGCACAACAGUGCCAAUUUUCACAUCUGUAAUAUAAAUGUAGUAAAUAUGAUCUGGAUGUGUAUAUAGCAGUGUGUGAUACAGUGAAUGUAAAGAACCGACUGAGGCAUUUAGGUUUUUUAUUUCAAUGUCUUUGUAGUGAUGCUGUACUGUGUAUAUACAAAUACUCUCAAAGCCUUGAACAAUGGCACUUACACUGUGUUUCUUAAUUAUUUUCAACACGAUCCUAUGAGCAUGUCUGGAGUUCAUGUGAAAAAUUCAGUUCAUCAAUUUCUACAUUUCUGGUAUGACGUACCGACUCUCACUGGCUUUGAUUACAAUAAAAUUCAUUUAUUUGCAAUAAAAAUAUUGAAUGGGA